AUGCAAAGUGAAAAAAAGGAAGAUAUGAUAAAUGAUAUAAAAAGAAGUAGUGAAAAACGAUCCGUAACGGAAAAUUGCGGUACGGAAUAUUACAGUUGUGAUUCUGGUGAAUGCAUUCCACGUGAAAAAGCAUGUAACCGAAAUUAUGAUUGCACUGAUGGCAGUGAUGAAAUGAAAUGCGAAUAUUUCCUUGCUGCUCAACGAGCUUAUACCAAAUCGACAAUUGCUACCGAUACUAACACAUUCAGUAAAUUUGGCGAAGAUACAACAAAUCAGGAAGGUAACCUGUAUAAUCACAAAUCCGAUGUGGGCAACCGAAAUAUUUUUGCACCGUUUGAUAAUGAAGAAAGUCAAUAUCACAAGGGCUACGGAAGCGAUCAUAGACAUUUUUCUAGUUUUGAUAAAACGGGACAAUAUGAUAAUGCUCAUGCUUGGACUACUAGCGAUAGAACUGGAUAUAAUCGCAAUAAAACUGAUAAAAAUCAUAAUGGCAAUACAAUAGAGAAUGGGAAUGAUAAUCAAAAUGUUUAUAAUUACAUUCUGAAUACUUUUAAUCAUAAUGGAAGAAAUGAACAACACCGUAAUGGACUUACCGGCGAUGUUGGUUGUGAUACUUGUGAAAAUCAUCAAUAUAAAGAGUUAAGAGGUCGCGUUUCUGAAAUACAACAAGCAAACCAUAUGCAACAAUUAUCGUCAAAUGACCAGAACAUACUUAAUCAAGGAUUAAAUUACGGUUCAAAUGGCCUGUCGUCAUCAACAAUAAGUGAAUCAUUUGGUGGCUAUGUUGAUAGCUUGUUCCGGCGUAAUGGAACAAAAAACGAAAGUUACCAUUCGGGAAUUAUUUAUAAUAAAAUAGAAACAAGAAGUGGAACAAAUCAGAUAUCAGAUACUAAUCAAAAUAAUAAUGGAAUUGAUGAGACGAAUGAGGAAGAUGGGGAUGAGUGCUCUGAUCAGGAAUUCCGAUGUCCGUAUUUGCCGAAAACACUUUGUGUUCAUUAUAUGAAAAUAUGCGAUGGUAUUGAUGAUUGCGGUGAUGGUAGUGAUGAGACGAACUGCGCCGAUGAUGGAGCCAAUGCACUAACAAUCAGUGGCGAAUCGAUAGCCACUACAAUAGCCACUACAGGAUGUGAAUCGGAUCAAUUUCGGUGUGAAAACGGAAAAUGCAUUGCAAAAAUUCAUCAAUGCGACCAUAAAUAUGACUGUGAUGAUGGAACAGAUGAGAGUAUCUGCGAAUAUUUCGUGCAAGCUCUGCAACAAGCGAGAAGUACAACAAUACAUCCGGGCGAAACUGAAGAAGAAAUAAUGCCGAGUUAUGCCGAAUCCGAGAAACCGAAACAGGACCAGGUAGAGGGAGAUGAAGAAUGGCGAGUGCAGGAAAAGGAAAAAGUGGGGAAGGAGAAAGAACUGAAGGAAGAACAAGAAAGGCAACAGAAAAGAAGAGAAGAAGAGGAAGAACGACAACAACGAGAAGAGGAACGAGAAAGAGCGGAAAAGAAAAGGAUAAGGGAAGAAUAUUAUGAAAAAGAAAGACGAAGACAAGAGAUCGAACAGCAAAGAAGAGAGAAGGAGUAUGAAAGAGAAAAAGAAGAUGGACAAGAACAAGGGGAGUGGGAACGACAAGAAAAGGAAAAGGUGAGACAAGAGAUGGAAUCAGGACGACAAGAACACGGAAGAAUCAAGCAAGAGAUGGAAUUAGGACGACAGCAAGGAAAACAAAAAAGUGAGGAAGAUGCUAAGGACGGACUUUUUGAUAAGGAAUGGAAGAGUUUUGAAGAGGAACAACAACAAAGUUAUAGGGAAAAUGAACAAAGACGACAGGAGGAAGAACGAAAGAGGCAGAAGGAAAAGGAGGAGGAAGACGGACAACGAUUGGAAGAAGACCAAAGACGUCUAGAGGAAGAUCGCAGGCGUGUUGAGGAAGAUCGCAGGCAAAUCGAGGAAGAUCGCAGAAAUGUCGAGAAAGAUCGCAGGCUUGUGGAGGAGUUAUCGAGAGUUAAUUAUGGUGAGUCGAGGAAGAAGCCUGAAAUGGAAGAAAAAGUUGAAGAUACAGGAAAAUAUGAAAAACAUCAAAUGACUGUAGAAGGAGUCCGGAUUAGGGAAAGUGAGGAACGGCGGAGACUUGAGUUAGAAGGUUACGAUCGGGAUAAGGAAAAUGAGAUAGAUAAUGACGGUUAUACGGAUGCGAAUGCUCGUGAACGAUAUGAAGUGGUUGAAGCGGGUGAAAUUUGUACUAUUCAACAAUAUCAAUGUGUUAGCGGUGAAUGCAUUGAGAGAACUGCUCAUUGUGACGGAAAAACGGAUUGUUCUGACGGUUCCGACGAAAUGCUCUGUCAUUCGGCAACAGAAAAGCAAUCAGUUUCACAAUUUUCCAAACCAACGGCAUGUUUCUGCUUCAUUUCGCUACACCUUACAUCAUAA